AUGAGCAAACGCAGGGAUUGUCCCAAAUUAGGGAGAAUAUUCCGGAGGAACACACUCUGGAAAACCUUCCGACCGGAGCUAGAAGAGGAGGAGGCGGAGGAGGACGAGGUGGUGGAGGACGUAGGCCGUCAUCCAUACAGCUCCGCAAAGACGAUGGCUCUGUUCAAUGCUUGGAUCAGCACGGCAUACGAUCCCAUCAUCGAGAAUCAACAAUCCCGCAAGUGUUUUUGGGAUAAGGUCAUCGACGUAUACAACGAGCAAAAGCCGAGGGGGACCUUCAAGCGCAACAUGAAGAUGCUUCGCAGUCAUUUUGAGCGAGCCGACAAAGAUGUCAAAAUAUUUUGUAGGAUCAACAAGCAUGAAGCGGAGAAUUACCAAAGCGGAGCUAGUGGAGCUGACAUUCUGAGAGCUGCUUUGCAAGUCUAUAAAGCCGACACCGGCAAAGAUUUCAAUUAUCCCGAUGUUUGGCAGUCGGUCAAAGAGCUUGAUAGGUGGGCUGGCGGUGUCCAGUCCAGCACGGGCUCGAGCUCGAAAUGCACGAAGCACACUGCGGGUGGCCAAUACUCGUCUAGUGAGGGCGGGGAAGGCAACGCUUCAUAA